AUCAACACUGCAUGACGCACAUCCUUCGCAGCUCAGCACAGUGCUGCUAACACUAAGGCUAAGCUAAGUUAAUGGCAGGCUGUGUGUCGUAGAUCGUUGUUUGACAUCUUAUCUGUAGUGAGACAGUCCUGGCCCGCGUAGAAGACACCGUUACAAUUUUCUCGUAUUUGUCUGGGAUGUAUGGAUGGAUAGUUGACGGAAUAUCGUCGCUGUUUGAGCCCGUUGCGGGGCAAAACCCCACCGAGUGGCCCGGGAAAGGCAACGUUGGCGAGGAGGUACCCACGCGACCUGGCGUGAAAGCGGGAGCACAGCGGCAGGAGAAUCACGGCAGACCGGCUAAACGGAACUACCAGAGUGUUGAUGUUGCAGACAGUGUUUGCCAGAGUGACCAGGUAGAGGUGAAAAGACGCAGACGAGAUGUAGUCAUUAGCUUUGUUAAGAAGACUGUGGCCGGGGUAGCAGGUCUGCUCAGGCUGCGGAACCCGCUGACGACCAAGUGUGAGAAGCCUGGACAUUAUGAAGAGACACAGCAUGUUACUCUGAUGGGGAUAGAUGAGCUCCACACCUCAUGGCUGAACAGUACUGAGUGGAGAAUGAAUAAACCAGUGGGCGGAUUGAAUGAGAGGGGCGGGAAGAAUCCUUUUCAGAGCUCCUCACCUCCUUUAAUGAGGAAAUACAGCGGGGCAGCACUGUCUGCAGGGCUCCCUGACAGGGGGAAGGACAGGGAGAGGAGAGGCUCCCUCCAGCUGCUGCCCUCCAGACCUGCUCUGAGGGUGGGAACCGCUAAUCCUGAUCCAGCCUGCAAUGUCUUUGGACACAACCGUUGCUACAAGCCCAGUCUGACCGUGGAAGAGACUAUAAAGCAGAACAAUAAGGAGCACUACAGGCGCUUGCUGGAGAUGGUGACGGAGAAAUACAGCAAAAGCCAACCACUACCAUUCAACCAAACAAAACCGCAAAAUGAGUUGCUAUCACAGGGUGAUCACAAAAGUGCUGCUUCAGGAAAAGCCUUUGAAUCAGUGCCCAGGAAGAUGGGAUACACAGCUGCCCCAAGUGUGUUUACAUGGAGAAAUGCAUCUGCAACCAAGGACAGGCGUGGUAACUUGACCUUUAGUAAGACGUUCAGUGGAGCCUUUGAGGACACACAGCCUGGUAGAUGUGCAAAGAAACAGGGAGCAGAGUUGGAUCUUUCUACAGAAGUUGCUACUCGCCUCAGUCUAGUGGACAGAGAGACUCCUGCCAUCAGUCUCCCUGACACACAUUCUGCACACACAGCACAUACAAGGCACAGCGAUGAGGACAUACCUCGGCUGACCAAGGAAAUGGCUGCAGAGGUGAGUUGUGCUCUAGCUCAGAGUGAUCCCAACCUGGUUCUUAGCGCGGCAUUCAAGCUUCGCAUCACACAGAGAGACUUGGCCACACUGCAGGAAGGAGGCUGGCUCAACGAUGAGGUGAUUAACUUCUACCUCUCCCUGGUCACGGAACGGUGCUCUAGCGAGGCAACAGCACUAAAAGUCUACGCGUUCAGCACAUUCUUCUUCCCUAAGCUGCGGGGUGGAGGAGGUGGGCAGGCAGGAGGACACACUGCUGUGAAGCGCUGGACCAAGGCUGUCGACCUUUUCCUUUACGACCUCAUCCUGGUACCUCUGCAUCUGGGCGUCCACUGGGCAAUGGCUGUGAUUGAUUUAAAGUCAAAGACAGUGAAGUCAUAUGACUCAAUGGCCCAGAGACAUGAUGACAUCUGUAGUCUUUUACUAAUGUACCUUAAAGAGGAGCACAAAAUAAAGAAAGGCAGAGAGCUUGACAGCCCCAAAUGGACCAUUGGAAGCUUAAGGGCCUCUGAGAUUCCCCAACAAAAAAAUGGCAGUGACUGUGGCGUUUUUGCCUGUAAAUAUGCUGACUAUAUCGCAAAAGGAAGGCCUCUCGCCUUUAAACAGUGCCACAUGCCUCUCUUCAGGAAGUUAAUGAUUUGGGAAAUCCUCAAUCAGAAGCUGCUAUAGGGGAUCGCAACAAUCUCCAUUAACUGCCUAACAGCAGCGACUUUCUCAGUGGGGGGCAACACCUGUGUACAGUAACAUGGUGAAGAAAAAGAACUGAAUGGGCCAAAGAAGUGGACUUCAUUGACUGAAACCUUACCCAGUCUAGCUGUUCUGGUCAAACACUAUUCUUAAGAGUUGGUUAUGUUCUUUUCCCAUCAGGGACGUAUUAAUAUUUUGUAAUCUCUGAGUUGUAAUUGGAGACAUUAUCUGGAUGCAAGAAGUGUAUGAGUUACACAAGUUCUGGCACUACUGACUGAAUGGGUAUUAUUUUAUUUUUUUUCAAUUGACUUUGGAUUGUUUGAAUUUCUGCCUGAAGUGCCUUCUGCCCACUGACACUGAGCUAAACCUUUUCUGUUGUAUAUUUUAGGAAAUUAAUUGGUCAAAGACAAAUUAAAAGUCAGUUAUGAGGAGUUUGACUCAGAAUUAAUUGAAUUAGUGUUGCAGGUCAGUGUUAUUUUGAUGUCAUUUGGAUGUUCCCCUCUCUCCCAAUUGUGAUCAUCAGAGGACCGCAACUUACUACAAGCUAUUUAUGAAACGCAAUCUUAAGAAAUACAGACAAUGAAAAUCAAAAUACCUCUUUUCCAGUCCCUUUUUCAGAAAGAAAAAUGCAUGGUUGAGUGCUUGUAGUAUGUUUGUUUUGCUAUUAUAUAUAUUUAUGACUUGACUGGAUGAGAAAGUGUUUUUGGAGUAUGUAUAGUUUGUUUUUUUUCUCCAUGAGCGGAGCAUAAAUAGUUGUUUCCUCAUACGUAACAUAAGGCGCUGUUAGGAUUGUGAAUCUUUACCAUGAGCAUACUGCAAGAGUCUUAGGGCUAUUACAUUGGCUUACAGUAUAGUAUACUGCAUAGCAAACUACUGUACACAUGUGCAUGUUGGAGUUCAUGCUUUUAAAAAUGUGAUUUCUGUAAUAAAGUAUUCAAUUUUUUAAAA